AACGUUCACCCAAUUCGAAUUUCAAACCUUUCCUCAACGGUCAAAAGUACCACCAAUUUCAUUUGCUUCACUAACUUUAACGAACGAUCGAUCCAUUUCUCCCCAAUUGUUCAAAUCCUGCAAUUUUUCCCCCAAAUCUCAACAUUUUCCGUCUCUGUGUUUGUUAAUUUUCAAAUGUCAACUCCUCAACCAAAUUCUUCCAGCGCAACAUCGCAUAUAGAGCGCACUCCAAACAAGCAUUUACCACUUGAUUCGACCUCAAUGGUGCGAGUAAUCGCUAGGGUUCGUCCAUUCUUGCCUCACGAGAUUUCUAGGUCAAGUGAUGCUGAUAUCGAUAAAUCAAUACCAUGUAUCUCUGUUCUUGAUUCACCACUACAAUCUGCCUCAGAAGUUACUGUGAGACUCAAAGAUCCACACUCUUGUCGGAAUGAAAAUUACAAGCUAGAUUCCUUUUAUGGUCAAGAAGAUAACAAUCUGAUACGGAUAUUUGAAAGAGAAGUGAUGCCUCUGAUUCCUGCUGUACUAAACGGCUCCAAUGCCACUGUUUUUGCUUAUGGAGCUACUGGUAGUGGAAAAACUUUUACAAUGCAGGGAAGUGAUGAGUUACCAGGUUUGAUGCGAAUGGCUACAUCAAGCAUCCUCUCGAUGUGUGAAAAGAUUGGGAAUACUGUACAAGUUUCAUACUACGAGAUCUACAUGGAUCGAUGUUAUGAUCUUUUAGAAGAUACACCAAAACCAAAGGAAAUUACCAUUUUAGAUGAUAAACAAGGGAAUCCUCAUCUCAGAAAUCUAUCCAAAAUCCCAAUAUAUUCAAUGUCUGAUUUUCAUGACAUUUUCCUCCGUGGAAUACAAAGGCGAAAAGUUGCACACACAGGUCUUAAUGAUGUCUCAAGUAGAAGCCAUGGGGUACUCGUCAUUUCUGUUUCAAGAUCUUGUGAAAAUGGUCCUUUGAUUGGGAAACUAAAUCUCAUUGAUUUAGCAGGCAAUGAAGAUAACAGAAGAAGUGGCAAUGAAGGUGUUCGACUUAUUGAGAGUCAAAAAAUCAACCAGUCUCUAUUUGCAUUAUCAAAUGUCAUUUAUGCACUCAACAACAAGAAUACUCGGAUUCCGUAUAGAGAAUCCAAACUCACACGGAUUUUGCAAGAUUCCUUAGGGGGAACAAAUCAUGCUUUAAUGGUCGCUUGCCUCAAUCCAGGGGAAUACGAACAAUCUGUCCAUACAGUUAGUUUGGCAGCAAGGUCCCGACGUGUCUCUAACUUUCUACACUCUGCUCAGAAGCAUAAUAAUAAUAAUAAUGACAAUAAUAAUACCCGAAGGACUGAAGUUGACAUGGAGGAAAAGCUUAGGGCAUGGCUUGAAUCCAAAGGGAAGACAAAAAUUGAUUUUUCAUUCGCUACAACUCCACGUUCUAUAACCUCUACGAAGAAGCACAUUACAUUCCUGAGCUCUGGAAAACCAAAGCCAAUUGCCACAUUAGGUACUUUUUUUUUUUUUUUUUGUUACGCAUGCGAACUUACAAGUUUGUUUGUAUCAGAGGAACAAGUUGAAAAUGGGUUGAAAAUGACACCAACAAGGAAAGUGCUAUUUCCGAUCAGCUCCAACGUUAUUGAUCCAAUCACUCCUAAACAUGAGUCAGUUGCGGAUGAAACAGACACUCCACUUAAUAAAUUCAAAGCAAUGAGUUGUAAUUUGAAGACUACUCUCGCCCAAGAAUACGUUAAUUUCCUAAACACAGCGGACAAGGGGGAGCUUCUACAGUUGAAGGGAAUUGGAGAAAAGAUGGCUGAAUACAUACUUGAGCUUAGAGAUAUUAGCCCGCUUAAAUCCCUCAAUGAUUUGGAGAAAAUUGGAAUUUCAUCAAAGCAGGUUGGGAACAUGUUUGGUAGAACAGCGAAAGGGUUGUUUGAUUGACUUUCACUUGACUUGACUUGUUGAGAGGAUAGGGAAAUAUGUUAGGUGUUUGAUAAGCUAGCAAAAUAAUGGAUGGUGGUAAUAUUGUAUUACCACAUCUAACUCAAUCAUGUUGCAAUUAUUUGCAUUGCGUAUGGUUUGUAGAAUGUAAUUCAUAUUACCAGAAAUUGACGUCACCAAAACGG